AUGAGUAAAAGCGCGCAAACAAAAAAGCACGGCGUGGUCGUCAGCGCUAUGCCAGUUUCCUCGCCCACGCUCCCGGGCCUAUCGAGCGGGUCUUCGUCGCCGUCCAUAUCGUCGGUGGAUACCGCUGAAGGCCGUGUCGAGAUGGAUGGUCUGGCGCCUGUUAUUACUUCCCGAGGAUCAGUUGGAUCGCGAGUGGAAGAUUCGUCUUCAUCUUCGUCGUGGAAUACUGCUGCGCAGGCUCUUGAUAGGGUCGAUGAGCAGACGAGAAUGUAUGUUUGUCUUUUCCACAUGCUGGACUGUCAUGAUUCUUUCGACGAUGAAAGCGAGUGGCGCACGCAUGUAGUCAGUCACUUCCGCACUCACCCGCCGCCGUCGACGGCGCGGUGCCCGCUUUGUCCGAAUACGAACUUUGUGGAUGGAGACUCGGACUCCAUGACGCCUGUGGAAAGAGUACUGGAGGAUAGGCCAAAAGAUAACGAGGAUACUUCGAUGAACGAUACCGAGGAACCCCCAGCUUGGGACCGCAUGCUCGACCACGUCGCGACGGAACACUAUCAGCACGGACAAACACUAGCAGGUAGCAGGCCGGAUUUUGAACUGAUGCGAUACCUAUAUGGCCGACGGAUCAUCUCUGAUGCCCAGUUCAAGGCUAUGCAACUUGCUCCGGCGCCGUCGAGUCCAGCAUAUCAUCGUUCACAAGAUGGCGUGCGGGCUAGUAUCGGGUCAUCGGAUGAGCCAUACUGUGCACCGUAUAGUCGUAGGAGAGAGGAGAGGAUCAGAGGGCAGCAGAGGGGGGUUUGCCUUGUUUGA